AUGAAGCGCACUAAUGCCCCAGCCAACAGAGCACCAGCCACCGUUAACAAGGGUGGAAUGGGUAACCUCCUUCGCUUUUACUCCGAGGAUGCCAUCGGUUUGAAGGUUGGACCACAAGCUGUUUUAGUUGCUAGUUUAAUAUUCAUUGGAUUCGUUAUUCUAUUGCACAUCUGGGGCAAGUACACCAGA